AUGUACACCACACGAAGUGGCCGUCUGUCUCGUGCACCGACGCGAUUCGGAGACGACGACAACGCAACAGCAGCAGCGGCAGCCCAGGACGACGCCGGCAAGUCAACGCAGAUGGCUGACAUCGUCAAGACGGAACAAGAGGCUGAGCUAAGUGAAAUCACUCGAGCAACGUCUUGCAGCAGCCGGCGCUCGCUCCGCUCAAUCGACGAACUCGACGCGGAAGCGGAACGUAUCGCCGCGGAGGAGCUUGCAGAAGUAGAACGAAAGCUGAUCCGCAAGAAGCUAGAACUCCAGAAGAAGUUGAACAGAAACCGGUCAAGCGGCAGCAGUAAUGCCAGCGUCCGAUCAAGUUCGUCCCGUCGAUCACGGGAGACCGGCAACGGAUCCGAGCUGACAUGCGCGGAUCGCAUUAGCCUAGCUGAGCGCGCACAGCGCGCCGAGCGCGCGGAGAGAAACAUGGGAGCAGCGCUUGAGGAAGCCAAUGGUCAAAUCCAGGAUCUUUUACUGGACCACCAAGUCCAAGGUGAGCAGGCUUCAGGGAACGAGCCCAAUGGCACACGUCCUACCCCUACAAGUGCAAGGCAGUCACACCCCAUGAAUCUCACCACCCACCAUUUCAUGGCAAGGCAGUCCACUGCCAAGGACUUGCCUCAGUUCUCUGGACAUGCUGACGAGUGGCCAGCAUUCAUCUUCGCCCUGGAGCACACGACCAGAGAGUGCGGAUUCUUGAACGGGGAGAACCUUGGACGACUGCAAAAGGCGCUACGCGGAAAGGCAAAGGAAGCUGUACAGGGGAUGAUGACUCUCCCCGACAAUGUACGAAACGGAGACACAGCGGCUGAUACGUACGCACUCCUGGACGAAGGCUCAACAGUGUCCUUGAUUGAAAGCGAACUGGCGGAGGAACUUGGACUUGCAGGACCAACGCGGCCCCUGAGGCUGUCAUGGACGGAUGGCAAGCAGCACCAGGAGUCCAGCUCCAAGGUAGUAACAUUCAGCGUAGCUGGCAGGCAGAGACAGGAAAGCUUCACCUUAACAAACGUCCACACUCAUGCCAAGUUCAACCUGCCAACACAAUCAAUCAACCCUCAACGGCUGAAAAACUGCCCCCACCUGGAGGGACUUGAACUACCAACGCUGUCUUGUGCCAAGCCCAGACUCCUAAUCGGACAGGAUAAUUACAGCCUGAUCGCACCACGGGUGAUCGGGGAGGGCCCUCCAAACGCACCCGUAGCUACACAGACCAAGCUAGGGUGGGUUGUUCAUGGCAAAACGAUCGCCGGCCGCUGCAGAAUCGAUGAAGGCGUGGUCCUCUCCACCUGGGGUCUCGACAGCGACCUCCAUGACCUGGUCCAGCAGUCGUUCGCCCUAGACUCCCUCGGGGUCAAGCCCGCGAAAAUCCGCAGCAAGGCUGACGACCGCGCACUCCAGCUGCUAGACACUCUCACCACGCGUACCGGACGCCGGUGGCAAACGGGGCUUCUCUGGCGGGAGGACAACAUCACCCUUCCACGGAGCAAGGCAACGGCUGCCCAGUGUCUCGAGCAGCUGGAGAGGCGCCUGCGGAAGGAUGACACGCUUGCACAAGGCUACCAGAGCAAGAUCGACAGCUAUUUGGAACAGGGGUAUGCCCGGAAGCUGUCACCUGAGGAGGCCACCCACCAGCCAGAGCGGACAUGGUACCUGCCACACUUUGCCGUGUACAACAAAGAGAAAGGCAAGGUGCGACUGGUGUUUGACGCCGCGGCAAAGUCGCAUGGAAAGUCUCUAAACGACUUCCUCCUCACCGGCCCCGACCUCCUGACGCCGAUCACACAAGUUCUGUACAACUUCCGACUGUAUGAGGUUGCCUUUGGUGCAGACAUCAAGGAGAUGUUCCACCAGGUGAAGAUGCGUCCCGAAGACCGUCAUGCACAACGCUUCCUCUGGCGCGACAUGGAUGCAAGCAGACCAGCUGAUGUGUACCAGAUGGACGUGAUGACGUUCGGUGCAGUCUGCUCACCAACCGCCGCCCAGUUUGCGAAGAACAUCAAUGCGCACGACUUGGCUUCCGGAGAUGCGCGAACCGUGACAGCCAUAGAGGAGUGCCACUAUGUCGACGACUAUUUCGACAGCACCCCAACAACCGAGGAAGCUGUAGCACUGACUCGCAAGGUGAUGGACGUCCACGAGGGGGGAGGGUUUGUGAUCCGUAACUGGGUGAGCAACUCUCCGACGGUCCUCGAGAGCCUUCCAUCAGAUCUGAGGUCACCAAGAAUCGUGAACGUCCACAGCCACGACCACCCCAUCGAGAAGACCCUGGGUCUCCGAUGGGACCCUGCGAAGGACACUCUUGGCUUCUCCUGCGGCACGAAGCCAGAUCCAAAGGCACCAGUCACGAAGCGAAGCGUCCUGCGACACACAAUGUCGGUAUUCGACCCACUCGGCCUGGUGUCCUGCCACUCCAUCAUCGCACGCAUGCUUCUCCAAGACGUGUGGAGAGCUGGCAUAGGCUGGGAUGAUGAACUCCCUGCAUCUCUUGCACUGAGAUGGACAGAUUGGGCUGCAGAGCUAGAUCAGGUGGCCACCGUAGAAGUGCCACGGUGCUCCACACCGUUGAUUGCAGUCGCUACAGACAUCCAGCUGCACGUGUUCGCUGACGCAAGCGAGAAAGCAUACGGCGCCGCUGCGUACUUGAGAGUAGCGAACCACGGUACUCAGCUGGCAGUGUCCCUAGUUGCAGCGAAGGCACGCGUUGCUCCACUGAAACCGGCCUCGAUACCCCGUCUGGAACUCCAGGCUGCGGUCCUCGCCUCGCGCCUAUCCUGUACCGUACGGGAGCAGCUGCGUAUUUCAAUUCCACGGGUCAUAUUCUGGACAGACUCCAGAACGGUGCUGUUGUGGAUACGCUCGGACGCCCGGCAAUUCAAACCAUUUGUGGCCCACCGGAUCGCGGAAAUAACAGACACAACAGAAGUAGAUCAGUGGCACUGGGUACCGACAAGACUGAACCCAGCCGACGACCUCUCCAGGGGCAUCUCUGCCCAGCGCUUGCAGCCGGACGAUCGCUGGUUUGGCGGCCCGGACUAUUUGAGGCAAGGCGAAGCAGACUGGCCCGCCGAGGAGACUCAUACGCCGGACCCGGAUGAUCUCGAGCUGAAGCGUGCGUUCAGUGGCGUCCAGGCAGCAGCCGGAGACAGCUCAGAGCCACCCAGCCUGAAGGCAGCACUACCAGAGAUCGAGCGCUUCUCAAGCUGGUGUCGCCUGGUAAGAGCAACCGCCUGGGUGCUACGCUUCACUCGCCACCUGAGACACGGAGGAAGAGACACUGCCAAGCCGUCGCUGACAGUCCCCGAGCUACGAGCCGCGGAGAGUCUUUGGUGGAAAGCUGCACAAGCGGAAGGCUUCCCAGAAGAACUCGCUGCGCUCCGCAAUGGCAAGCCAGUCAACAAGGACAGCCGCCUGGUCCAGAUGACACCCUUCAUCGACGACAAUGGCAUCAUGCGCUCUGACAGCCGCGUACGGAACGCAAAGGUUGAAAACAAGAACCUGCGCCAACCUGUCUUGCUCCCGCCGAAGCACGCCUUCACUAGGCUGCUCAUACAGCAACACCAUGUCUGGUCGUUACAUCAAGGACAGGAUCGCGUAGUGAACGAGCUGCGUCAGAAGUACUGGGUACCCGGUAUCCGCACAGCGGUAAGAAGCACCUGGAGCGAGUGCCAGCAUUGCAAGAAUCUCCGCGCCAAGCCGCAGCCACCAAUCAUGUCGGCCCUGCCAGAGUGCCGCACUGACGCCUUUCAGCGACCCUUCACACGGACAGGACUGGACUACUUCGGCCCGCUGUCUGUCACUGUUGGGCGCAGACAUGAGAAGCGGUACGGCGCUCUCUUCACUUGUCUCGCCACCCGAGCCGUUCAUGUGGAGCUGGCGCACGACCUGUCCACAGACUCAACGCUAAUGGCCAUCCGGCGAUUCAUCAGCAGGCGAGGCUGUCCACUGGUGAUCCACUCAGACAACGGAACUAACUUCAAAGGCGCCGCCAAAGAGCUCCGCCAGGCCAUUCGUGAGCUGAAUGAAGCUCGCAUCCAGGACCAGAUUUCUCAUGACGGCAUUACAUGGUCGUUCAACCCGCCGGCGGCACCCCACAUGGGUGGAGCCUGGGAGCGGCUCGUUGGAUCCAUCAAGACCGCACUUCACGCCAUCCUCAAAGAGUGCCAUCCCAAGGAGGAGACCCUCCUGACCGCACUGGCAGAAGCAGAGGCACUCGUGAACAGUCGACCUCUCACACAUGUCAGUCUGGAUGCCGCCGACGACGAGGCCUUGACUCCGAACCACUUCCUGAUCGGUUCCUCGUGUGCCAUUCUUCAAGGAAUCGCGCAGGCAGGAGAUGUCUCGCUGCGGCGCCAAUGGCGCGUUGCGCAAGCCCUUGCAGAUAUGUUCUGGCGCCGUUGGGUUCGCGAGUACCUACCAACUCUCGCUCACCGCACAAAGUGGAACCGCCAAACGAAGCAGCUCGUCGUAAACGACAUUGUCAUUAUCGCGGAUGACAACGCACCACGGGGUUCCUGGCUCAAAGGUGUCGUCUCAGCUGUCCAUCCAGGCCGCGAUGGUGUUGUCCGUGUUGUCGACGUCAAGACCGCAUCAGGUAGCGUUUUUCGCCGACCCGCCGCGAAAAUUUGUGAUCUCACGAAAACAGUGCAGAAGACGACGUUCUUGGCGGUCGGUCCGAGUGUCAUCCGUGCUGAUAUUGUGGUGCCUGGUAGUGCUGGUGACGUGAUCGGCGUGGUCAGCGAAUUUACCUACCUCGGCAGUACGAUCAGCGACGAUGCAGAGCUGGAUGCCAAAGUCACUACUCGUCUUGCCAAGGCAUCGAGGGCGUUUGGUAGCCUCCUCCAACCAAUUUUCCGGAACUCUGGUCUAUGGCUUGGAAUCAGACGUCACGUCUACCAGGCCGUGAUCCUUUCAGUGCUGCUGUAUGGUUCUGAGACAUGGACGCUGAAGGCACCCCUCCUGCGCAGGUUGGACACGUUCCAUCGGCAGUGUGUUCGCACGAUUCUGAGUGUUACUCGAGACCAGCAGUGGCAGGAACAUCUGUCAAGUGAAGACCUGGCGAAGCGCAGCAGCAUGCCAGCCUCGCUGGAGGAGUCCAUUCGUGCAAAUCGCCUGCGAUGGUUUGGUCACCUCGCAAGGAUGGACGACACCAGGUUGCCAAAGCAGAUCCUGUUUGCGGAGGGCACUAACACGCGGCCCCGCCAUGGACCCAAGCGUCCUUGGAGAGAUGUGGUAACUUCAGACUUGCGUGCGACCGGUAUCCCGGAGGCGUAA